AUGGAAACGCACAUUCUUAACCUCAUAGUACAAGAUGGGUUGAAGGUAAUUGGAGACUCUUUGCACAAAGUAAGAGAGAGUGUUAAGUAUGUACUGUCAUCGGAAACACGUGAAAACUUGUUCCAGAAAUGCGUUGCGGCUGCGGGUGUAGUAGAAACUGGGGGUCUACUCCUCGAUGUUCCGACAAGAUGGAACUCCACUUUCUUUAUGCUUGAAAGAGCCAUCAGGUACCGUCGAGCCUUUGCCAAGUUGGAGACAUUUGAUAAGAAGGGUUAUAAAAUGGCUCCCACUGCUGAGGAAUGGACAAGAGCUGAGAAUAUCUGCAAUUUCUUGGGUCCGUUUGCUGUAAUCACGACCUUGAUGUCUGGUUCGAACUAUCCUACUUCAAACUUGUAUUUCUAUCAGGUUUUCCAGAUCCAUAAUUGGCUUCGGAUCAAUGAGGGAAGCGAAGAUGAGAUUGUGAGAUACAUGGUGCCACCGAUGAAAGAGAAGUUCGAUAAAUAUUGGGAUGAACUUGACAUGAGUACACGUGAUGCAAAGCUAAAGAACUUGCGUGAGAAGCUUAGUAUUUUGUUUGAGUCGUAUGACAAAAAAUCCAAGAAUAGCUCACCGUCUACAGAGCCACGAGAGACUGUUUCACAAAAAGCUUCUGGAGCAGGGACAAUGGGACUGUUUGAGAACUACGGUGAUUUCUUUGCAUUUCGCAAAGUCAGUGGGGUUGCGACUGGAAAAACACCUCUAGAAGCUUAUCUUGAUGAACCACCUCUGGACAUUACUAAUUUUCAGAGCUUGGACAUCCUCGAUUGGUGGAAGGAUAAUGCCCAUCGGUAUGGGGAUUUGCCUGCAAUGGAGCCGUCUUCUCCCAAAAAUGUGCAAGCUUUGAUAUGCACUAGAAAUUGGAUCAAGGGAUACGAAUCUUAUGCACAUGAUGAAGAAAUCGAUGGUGAUGGUGAAGAAGAGAAAGUGCCAUCAUUUCAGUCCAUUGUCAAUGGGGAAGAUGAAGAUGAGGAAGCUUGA